GCUGAAAGCAUAAGGUUUAGAGAAAGGAAAGUGAGAGAAUUGAUGGUGGGCCAGAAGCGGUUAGUGGAGGUACCGUACACGGCGUCGCUGGCCGAUACUAUGAACACGCUGGUGGCGAACAAGGUGAUGGCGGUGCCGGUGGCUGCGCCUCCGGGACAAUGGAUCGGCGCCGGAGGGUCCAUGAUCGUGGAGUCCGAUAAGCAAACCGGGGCGGUGCGAAAACAUUACAUAGGGAUGGUGACAAUGCUUGAUAUUGUGGCACACAUUGCCGGAGACGGCGGUGGCGGCGCGGACGGUGGCCGUUUGAAAGUUACCGAUGGCACUGAGGAUCUUGAUCAACGGAUGUCCGUUCCCGUUUCCUCCAUUAUCGGUCACUGCUUUGAAGGACUUAGCUUGUGGACUCUCAAUCCAAAUACGAGUGUAAUAGAAAGCAUGGAAGUGUUGAGCAAAGGAGUGCAUCGAGUACUGGUCCCAAUGGACAGCCAAAUGGAGAACGUAGCACCAGUAGGAGUGGAACUUGUAGAAUCUGCUUCAUGCUACAGAAUGUUGACUCAGAUGGACGUCCUCAGGUUCAUGAAACAACACAGUGCCGAUUACGAACUCCAGACUGUCUUGUCUUGCUCCGUUCAGCAACUCGGGGCCGUCAAUCAUGACGUUUACGCCAUUACCGAUCGCACCAAGCUCAUCGACGCCAUCAAGUGCCUCAAAACCGCCAUGUUAAAUGCCGUUCCUAUCGUCACAGCCUCUGAUUCUGAUGAUGACCCAUCUCACAAACACCUUAUUUAUGGGAGAACGAGGAAGCUGAUAGGUACAUUUUCUGCGACUGAUUUGAGAGGAUGUUACGUGGCGACAUUGAAGUCAUGGUUGGGGAUAAGUGCACUUGCUUUCACUGAAGAAAUUGGGAUGAGCCCACUCUACUCGCCCAACACUGCCACGUCGACAAGGCAACUUGUGACGUGUUAUGCUGACUCACCCUUGUCUGAAGUGAUCGACAAGGCCGUGACUAAGCACGUGCAUAGGAUUUGGGUGGUGGAUCAGGAUGGUUUGCUUGUGGGGCUUGUGUCUCUUACGGAUGUUAUUAGAGUCAUAAGGCUUUCGCUUGUACCAGAUUGAUCGGAUCACCUGAUGUUUGUGAGACAUUCUAUAGGUUUUACUUAAUUAUACCAA